ACUUAACUGGAUUUAAAGGCAAAAACAAAGCAAACCAAAGAAAGAAUACAAUGGCUUGAAAGAGAGGAGAAGCUGGAUGUAUUUCUUUCCCUGUCAAGUCGAGGAGUUUCAAGAGGGAUUUUACCCUUUGCCAUUCCUUUCCUUCAUCAUGGUGGACCUGUUCCUAAACCGGGUUCUGGUAGAGAACAACUGGGACCAGGAUGAACUCAACACAGAGCGCGAGAUUGUCGGCAUCCUCGAGAAUCGUAUCAUGAUGCUGUUCUUUGCGUCUGCUGAGAGCGACAAGUGCCAAGAGUUUGUACCUGUUCUGAAUGACUUCUUUAAGAGGCUGAAAGAUCCAGCGUACAUCGAAUACCCCAAACUGCUCGCACUCAUCUACAUCAGCUUGGACCGAUCAGAGGAGCAGCAGGAAAGAUACCUCAGAGACCUGCACAAAAAGGUUCUGUUUCUGGCAUUUGGGGACCCGUACAGGAAAGAACUGCAGGCCAUGUUUAAGGUGAAGGACGUACCAACAGUAGUGGUCCUCCGUCCCGACGGCUCCGUCCUCUCUCCAAACGCUGUGCCGGACAUCUGUCGUUUCGGCUGCGACUGUUUCCGAGACUGGCAGGAAUCAGCGGAGCUCAUUGAGAGGAGCUUCAUGCUCAACGAGGAGUUCGACGACCUGAAUCUGCGCAGCGCCACCGACCCUGUGAGGAGACUCAAGUACAAGACAGAGGACGACAAGAGGAAAAAGAGAUGGUGGAAGAUAUGGGGGAAGGGCAAAGAUAGAAAUGAAGAGGAGGAGGAGAAAGAUGGGACAUGGGAUACGAAGAGAAAGGAGGGAGAUAAAGGAACGUGGAGGAGAAGAUGAAGAUAAAAAUACAAUCAUAUAAAUAUAUAUACAAAAGGCAAAGGUGUUUUGUGCUGAUUGUCUCAAAUCCAACCUCAUAAAUACUUAAUUCUUGGUUACUGAUGCUGCAGCUCUUACAGAAACUCUUGUUUUGUCUGCCUGCAAUGGCAUGUGCAGUAGAAUCCACUGGUGUGUUGCUUGAGGUAAAUUGUUUGGACAUGUGUCUCUCUGUGCUGAUAAUACAAAACUUUAACAGGAAUGAAAAAAGACUAAGUUAUUCUAUCUUAAAAAGUUCUAUGCUACUAUCACUAUUACUACAGUUACCUAUUGGCCAGAAACACAACUUCAAAUUAUUUUUAAUGUUUAUCCAUGUUUGUUGAAUUUGUAAAAAAACAACAACAGGUGUUUAACCAAAUGGUUUCAAGAUACACGCUGAUAAUAUUUUAUGUAUGUGUGUGUUUUUCAGCUACUUAUGCAACUCUAAACUAAACUUAGGCGCUGGCGC